AUGCCGGAGGAAUUAGAAGAGUCUUUGCAAAGCCUGAUUAAUCGGGCAGUGGUUUACUCUGACCCUGGAAUAUCGUUGGAAACGGCAGUGAUUGAUCUUCCUGUUCCGCAGCCUGCUGAUGGAGAAGUUCUUGUUCGGCUAUAUUAUUCUGGUGUGUGCCAUACUGAUGUACCGUUCUGCUUGAAUGCGCUUCCGGGACUACGUGUUCCAACUCCCAAAGGACAAAUUGGUGGUCAUGAAGGCGUUGGAGUUGUCGUCGCUCAUGGCCCAGGGGUUACAUCGCCAUUAAUAGGCUCUCGUGUUGGCAUCAAGUAUGCAGCCGAUGCUUGUCUGACUUGCGAUAAUUGCAUCGAAGACGCUGAAGCAUCUUGCCUAAACAUAAAAGUAUCAGGAUAUUUCACGCCGGGAACGUUUCAGCAGUACUGCAUUGCUACAGCGAGAUAUGUGACUCCAAUUCCGGAUAAUCUUGACCUUGCCGCAGCAGCACCUCUCAUGUGUGGGGGCGUCACGAUUUAUACGGCAUUAAGAAAGGCUGGACUUCGGCCUGGUGAUUGCGUUGCCGUUUUCGGUGCCGGUGGAGGGCUAGGACAUCUUAGAAUUCAGUAUGCGAAAGCAAUGGGCGGCCGGGUCAUCGCGUUAGAUGUUGGCUCGAAAAAAGACUUCUGCCUGAGCCAAGCUGCGGAUGAAUUUAUUGACAUUACUCAGUUCGGCGUGAACGAAGAUCUUGCUACAAAGGUCAAGUCGCUCAGCAACGGUGGCGUUCGUAUUUCUCUCCAGUGCACAUCGAGCAGCAGAGCGUAUGCUCAAGCCUUUUCAUCGUUGUGUUUCAGAGGGACAUUAGUAUGCAUUGGAGUCCCACAAAACCCUGUCUCGUUUGCUCCCAACAUUGCAGCCAUAGUUGGGCAAGAGUUGAGAAUUAUUUCUGCGAAAACCGGGAACAGAGUCGACGUCAAGGAAUGUCUUAAUCUUGCGGCAAGAGGCUUCAUCAAAUGCCACUAUCAGAUACGGAAAAUGAGCGAAUUGACCAAUGUAUUUAAGGAGAUGCAGGCUGGUCUGAUUGAAGGUAGAGCGAUCCUGGACUUGGACGGAAUGUAA